UCGUUUCAGCAAAAAUUCAGCAAUGGGUAAAAAGGACAAAAAUAAGAAAAAAGUCAGUGGCAGUGUCAAGACGGCGAUGAAAACAGAAAAAAAAUUAAAUGCGAAACAGAAGAAAGAAUUGGCUGCGGUUGGUGAGGAUGAUAUUGAAAAAGUUAUUGCCGAAAUUGAGCGUGAAGAAAGGCGAAGGGAACGUGUUGUCGAAGCUGUGGUUGAACCACCAUCCAGGAGGGUUAAUUUUUCUUUUUGUCCACAUCCUUUCAAGGAUGAAUUGAUAAUGUUUGGCGGAGAGUUUCAUGAUGGUAGAAAGACAACAGUUUACGGCGAUCUCUUUUUUUAUAAUACUUCAAAAAAUGAGUGGACUGUGGUAAAGGCGCCGGGUGCUCCACCUCCAAGGUGCGGACACCAGGCAGUUGUAACGUCGACCGGCAAGGGAGAAAUGUGGAUAUUUGGUGGGGAAUUCUCCAGUCCUUCAGAGUCUCAAUUUUAUCAUUAUAAGGAUUUGUGGCUUUAUCGUAUAGGAGAAAAAAAGUGGGAAAAAGUGACAGUUCCUGGUGGACCAUCUCCGAGAAGUGGGCACAGGAUGGUUCACUUGAAAAAGAAAUUGUUCAUUUUUGGUGGCUUUCACGACAAUCUUCGAGACUACAAGUAUUUCAACGACCUUUACAUAUUCGAUCUAUCCUUGUAUCAGUGGAGUAAUCUUAACAUAACAGGAAAUAUUCCUGCACCACGAUCAGGUUGCAUUGUUCUUCCAACACCCCAAAAUACAAUUCUGGUUUAUGGGGGCUACAGUAAAGAAAAGAUAAAAAAAGAUGUGGACAAGGGUCAUGUUCAUAUGGAUAUGUUUAUUUUAGGGCCGCAGAAGAACGAUGAGAGCGGUACGAAGUGGAAAUGGACAUUGACGAAACAAAGCGGAGCAAUCAUUUCGCCUCGUUGCAGCGCAUCGGCAGUUUCUGUUCAACCGGGUCUCGCUUACAUAUUCGGUGGUGUUCAUGAUGACAUGGAAGAUGAAGAACAACUCGAUGGAACGUUUUUCAACGAGUUGCUCGCUCUUGAUCUGGAGAAGUAUCAAUGGCGCUGCGUUAAUUUGAGCGGUAAAAAGGAAGCUUCUUCUGUACGAAGACGGAGAAGGAAAGCUAAAGACGAUAUGGAAGAAGCGACGAGCGGAUCGGAAGAAGAGAAUGAUAGUGAUGACAACGAAAUCAGGAAAUCAACGUCAAAAGCCAGUACUCAACCCGCUGCUUUUGUCACUGACGACGAUGGAAUCUUUACCAUGACUCUCGGUCCAGCUCCCGUGCAUUCCAUAACUAACACCAGCGAAACAUCGACUGCAAACAUUUUCUCACCUUCGCCUCGUAUAAAUGCGGGUCUCGCAGUGAAAAAUGGCAUUUUAUAUUUGUACGGAGGAAUGUUUGAAGAUGGUGACAAACAAUUUACUCUCAAUGAUUUUUAUUCGCUCGAUACGAAGAAGUUGAACGAAUGGAAAACCAUAAUGAGAGAUGAUUUUUCCUCGCAAGUGUGGCUCGAUUCCGAAUCCACAGAGUCUGAAGGCGAAGGGGAAGAUUCGGAAGAUGAGACUUGCAGCGACGACAGCGACGAGGAUAUGAACGUCGAAUAAUUUUUAUUAUUUUUAUCUAAUCAAUGGACAGCUCUUCCUUUGAUUCGUCUGUAAUCAUUGUUUUCUCAUCUUAAUUUCAUAUCCAAAUUUUUCAUCUGCAAAAAUGAAAACGAUUUUCACCUUUCUUUUUUUUAUUACACCGCAAGUUUUGUUAUGUAAAUAGAAUGGAACAUUGCUUGUUUCGACCUUA